AGAAGCUGUGGACCGCCACCAUUCACUCGCACAUACACACACAGUAUUCAUUCGGGACUCGCUGGAAAUAAUGCUUAGGUCACUUUAUUAUUUGUGCGCUACAAUGAAAAGCACUCCGGCGUGUGUUCGCCUCAACUAAUUGUUGCUUUUCAGACGGGAAUCACUGCCUGCAGGCUUAAAUUACAUCUCUGCAGCAUCCUUGCAGAGUAGCCUCUGCUCGCCGAUUCCAUUUUUUCCCCGACUGCAUUUAAGCGGUGCCAUCGACGGAACCGGAGACUGGUUCACAUACACGGGCUCCUACACCGCAUCCUGGACCGGCUGCGGACUUCUCUUUGAGCAUGGAGUAAAAAGAUCAUUACGGAAAGAAAAAGUUAGUAGUCUUCUCCACGCACGAGCAGUGCCCCUGGGUUUGGGUUUAAUGCUUAUCGAAAGGCGUCAGGAACCCAGAGGGUAGGCUGGUGUGCGGAUGAGGAAAACGAUGUCGUGCUCGUCAGCCGCGGCGCUGUUCACCUGGAAUACCUGAAGCGCUCUCGCCUAUGGCACGCAGCAGCAUCAACUUAGAAACACUGUUGCAUGUUUUCAUGUCUGAUAUCUGGGUCCUUGUGGCCUAACCCUUAGAUAUUUUAUAUAAGGUCGGUUGCUGUUGAUUGAAAAGCCCGAGUGUCGAAGCAAAACUGGCAGCAGCUGAUCAUAUUUAUAGAUAUAUAUCUAAAUAUACUCUACUGUCCCCACAAGAGGAUGCUGCCCGAAGCGCAAUGAUACCCUGGACUCGAAGGAUUUUCGUGAUCAGUAUGACAUUUAGUUAAAAAAAAAAAACAACCCAACAAACUCGUGGACCUAAGGACAGAAUCAACGUUCUUAUUUUUAUUUCCGCCACACGCCAAUUACCUACAGUGAGAUCCGACAUCUGCCGAAGUAGACUUUCCGUUUUCAGACUCGGUUCGGGGAGAUGGCCGCGAUCGCCAGCUCCCUGAUCCGGCAGAAACGCCAGGCGAGGGAAUCCAACAGCGACCGGGUCUCGACUUCGAAACGUCGCCCCAGCCCCAGCAAAGACCCCCGCUCUCUCUGCGAGAGGCAUUUCUUGGGGGUCUUCAGCAAAGUCCGUUUCUGCAGCGGCAAGAAAAGACCCGUUCGGCGGCGACCAGAUGCACCCUCGAAACCUCCACAGGUGUCCCAUAAGGGCUGCAGGCUAGAGCCACAGCUGAAAGGCAUCGUGACACGACUGUUCAGCCAGCAGGGCUUCUACCUGCAGAUGCAGCCGGAUGGAACCAUCGACGGCAGCAAGGACGAGAACAGCGACAACACCCUGUUUAAUCUUAUUCCCGUGGGUCUGAGAGUGGUGGCCAUCCAGGGGGUGAAGAGUGGCUUUUACAUUGCCAUGAAUGGCGAGGGCAUGCUCUACAGCUCGGAGGUGUUCACCCCAGAGUGUAAGUUCAAGGAGUCAGUUUUUGAGAACUACUAUGUGAUCUACUCGUCCACUGUGUACCGACAGCAGGAGUCAGGUCGGGCCUGGUUCCUUGGUCUCACCAAGGAGGGACAAGUAAUGAAGGGCAACCGGGUCAAGAAGACUAAGCCCUCAUCGCACUUUGUUCCCAGGCCAAUUGAAGUUUGUAUGUACAGGGAGCCAUCACUGCAUGAGAUAGAGGACAAGCACCGCUCCAGGAAGAGCUCAGGGACUCCCACCAUGAAUGGAGGGAAAGCUGUCAAUCAGGACUCCACAUAGCAUCUGAGGGAGGGGCUUCCAGCAGGGGGGAGAGGCCUCAUCCUGAAUGAAGGGAAGGGGCCAAAGGAAACUUCACCCGUCCCUCCCAAUGUACGCACCACCACGGCCCGUGACAAACAGAGGGGUUUAUGAUGACAACGAGGAGCUAUUACUGUACACCCAAGACAACGAAAACAAAAACUGAUGUCUUGCCUGUGAAAA